GGGUGGCUGCCGCGGCCGCGCUCCAGGGGCAUCAUCCCGUCGCCGAGCCCGAGCCCGAGCCCGCCCCCGCGGACUCCGGCGACCCGCGCGUGGAUCAGGGCCAGCCCAGCGACGAGCCGGGGUUCUUCUGCGAGGCGGAGGUCCCCAGAGGACGCCCCCUCGAUGUCACCCUUGCGUUCCAGCGACGACGACGACGACCCGGACGGAGUCGACGUCCGCACCGCCGAGGUCGACGCUGCCGUCGUCCCACAGCGCCACGCGACGGCCACCGUUUCGAUCCACGGCCUGAGCGGACCCGACCGCACCUACCCCGAGUACAUGCUGAGGCCGCUGACCGAGCGGCACAGGGCGCCGUCCAGGAGGAUCUGGACGCUUUUUGGCAGGGACGAGGGCCACGUCCUCGAGGACCUCGACGGGCCGCGCGGCAUCGAGGCCCCGACCAUGCCUCCCCAGAUGGCGAUGGCUGGACCGCGGUCGUAUAUCUUUGGGUUCUCGCCGCAGCCUUCGACGAGAGGUGAGCCGGAGUCCGAGCCACAGUUGAGCGCCGGCCGAAUGAACGGCGGCGACGCCUACGACAGCGUCAUCGAGGUAUGAUAUUCUCAGCAAAAGUGUUAUAGUUUGAGGGGGGCGAGUGACUUGCUAGGUGUUUGCCGAGCUUCCUCAGUGAGCGCGCCUUUGUAAUUGACAACACUUGUCGCGCCUGCUCGCGCAUCGCACGUAAUUGCCGUGCCCGCUGGCACCGCUGCCCCCUCACGGGGCGAUCUUGGCUGUUCUUGGCGCCUGUUUGGAGAUCCGGAGCCACCCCCUCCCCCUCCCCCGCCCCCGUCCGCCAAGUUUCCGAUUUCAUCACGGCCUCGGCUUCGCCUUGGGGUACGCUUCGGCCCUCCGAAGCUCUCCCCGACCCAGCUCCGCUGAGGAACGACCCUGUCUUGUGUUCGCCGUGGCGAGGAGUAAUCCCGCACCAGCGGCUGCCAGGCAGGGUCUGCACGCGCUCCGGUCUCCCUUCGCGCACAUGUCGGGCUGCUGUAGAACCCACUGCAGGAAAAAUGUGGGCGGCGUUUCCGCGCCGAUCGCGCGACGAGGACUCUGCAGACCUCCCAGACCUUCGUCGCCGUGGUUGUUCAAGCCCAACGGCUCGUCCAACGUAAUGUUAGCCCCCGAAGGAUUAGGGGAGGCCCCGCCGGCCUCUCCCCCAGUGAUCUCCCGGCGAGGGAGAAGCGCUCCCGGCGGCGACACAUUAUUCCAGACGCUCCGAGUAGCCCACCAGCCC